AUGCAUUCGGUGCAGGAGCUGUCCGAAGACGACUUUGACAGGAGAAUUGAAUUAUGUGAUGAAAAUCUGCACUGGUACAAAGCUGUAGAUCAUCAGAAUAGAUGGAGCCUUAUGGUGUGGUGUGGCAUAAUAAAUGGCUACUUAGUUGGACCUUAUUUUUUCGAGAGUAAUGUUAAUAGAAACAGUUAUUUAGAAUUGCCUCGAGAUCGAUUGCCAGGGCUGUUGGAAAAUGUUGAUUUAGCAACCAGAAUAAUAAUAUGGAAACACAACGCGAUUUACAUCAAUUUUUUGUAUAAGUACAAAUUAAAUCAUAGUGUACCUCAAGCUUCGAGAAACAUUAAUCAAGCUUUCGGAGAUGGAUCCACCAAUGAAAGAAAUGCUCGAUAUUGUUUCCAAAAAUUUUGUUCUGGCAAUUUGAGCAUCGUCAACGAGCCUCGAGGAAGACCACCGGUCCAUAUUGAUAACAAGGAAUUAAGGACGGCUGUGAAAUCCGAUCCAGACACAACUAUUCGUAAAAUUGGGACUAAGCUAGGAACUAGCCAUACGGCUGUGUUGAAACAUCUGCGUGCAAUAAACAAAGUAAAAAAAUUGGACUCAUAUGUACCGUAUGAACUGACGGAACUGCAGAUGGUCGACCACAAGAGUAAGUGCGCAUCUUUGUUGAUUCGCAAUACACGAUUGCCGUUUUUACACCAAAUCAUAACUUGUGAUGAAAAGUGGAUUUUGUACGACAAUCGAAAACGAUCAAGCAAAUGGGUAGAUAAGAAUACACCGCCAGAACAUACCCCUAAGCCGAAAUUCCAUCAAAAAAAGAUUAUGGUUACCAUGUGGUGGAAUGCCAAAGGAGUGAUCCAUUAUUCCUUCCUACAACCAGGCAAAACAAUAACAGCGGAGUCCUAUUGCCGUGAAAUUGAUGUCAUGCAUAAAAAACUUGUGAAAAAACAACCAGCAUUGCUCAAGCGGCACGGC